AUGCAUCAAAGGAAGUGGAAAUCGCAAAAGUUGAUUAACGGGGGUUGGUCACAAUGGCAAAGCUGGAGCGAAUGUAGCGUUCGAUGCGGAAGAGGAAUCCGUAAAAAAACUCGUCUUUGCAAUAAUCCAUCACCGUUAAACGGUGGUCAAACGUGCCAAGGUCUUUCUGUUAUGAAAGAUGAAUGUUCGAUACCUUGUCCAGUGUUUUCCAAACAACAAGUAACGAGAGAUUCGUGUAAUAUUUUCAACGUGUUGCGGUAG